AUGGGUCUCAUCAAGACAGGUCUCGCUCUUGCAGGAAGCUACGGCCUGAUCAAAGCAGCAUCAAAAGCCGCAAAUGACUACGAAGACAAGAAACUCAAGCGAAAUGGCCAGGCACAAUAUUCCCAUAACUACGAUACCCAAGCAAACCAUGGUCCCGCUAUGAACGGUCCCGCUAUGAAUGAUCCAGGCUACUAUCAACAUCAGGGAUAUGGAGUGGCCAGGGAUUUGCCAUUCGAAGGAAACUCGCAUUAUUUGAAUCAGCAGCAUGCUCAUGGGCCGAAUAUGAGUGCUUUACCACCUUCUUAUUCCCAGGGGAACUAUUACGACAUGCAGGGAAAUUCAGGUUCAGGUCCGACUCAACAUUAUCAGCAGCACUAUCCAUCGGACUCAAAGCGAUAG